AUGAAGCAGACGCCCACACAUUCACCAUCUGCUCGAGAUCAAGCACCUCAGGCUCUUCCACUUAUCACUCCACCAAGGCGGUACCCUGCCAUUAUCCAUGCUGUUGUUUUCUCCGCCGUCCUUGCCCCAAUCGUGCUUCUGCCGUAUCUAGGUGCAAGAAGAAAGAUUGGCGCACUUCAUCGCACACUGGGAAGGCUCGAGAAGGAGAUUACGAAGCUUAGAUGCGAACUAAAACUCACUGCAUCUGCCCAUGAAGCUACCAGCGCUGAAUUUCGGCGCCUACAAGAUUUGGCCCGAGGGACAGCAACCGAGCUGGGCGAAGCACGCAAGAAAGCCGCAAAACGAGAAGCAGAACAACUGGUCGUUGAUAAAGCAAUGCAAUCCGACAUUCAGAAACUACUAACAGACACGCAACAUUCACGAACCCAAGCAGCGAGCUUACGUGCGCUUGGAACAUCCCUGGCGGACAUUGCAGCUUUCAUGGAGGAGGUUGAACUUGAUUUUGGAAUGGGUGUCCGACGGAGAGAUCAACGUGGAAUUGAGCGACUCAGGUUACUUGCCCUUCGAAUGCAAAGCCUUUCCCAGCUUGACCGCGAGGAAUGCGGUAAGGAGGGCAGGGAGAGCUCAUAG